GACAAAAUGUUCUGCCUGAAGAAUUUCAGUCUUUUAAUCUCAUGUUUGAUUUUCUUCAUCAUCCAGUCAAGUCAUGGUUCUGAGAUUAUUGGAGGGAAGGAAGUCAGGCCACACUCCCUGAGUUUCAUGGCUUACUUGAAAAGUAAAAAGUCUUUCUGUGGGGGGAUAUUAAUCCAUCCACAAUGGGUCCUGACUGCUGCCCACUGCACUAAUAUUAGUGAGGUGAUCCUGGGAGCACACUCCAUCAAGAAAGAGGAAAAAGAUUCGAAACAAUUCCGAGAGGUUAAGAAACAAUUUCCUCAUCCUGACUUUUGUAAUAUAUUAAAGGGCAAUGACCUCAUGUUGCUCAAGCUUAACAAUCCAGUGAUGGAAACCAAAACAGUGACAUUUCUCAAGCUGGGCAAAACUCUCAAAGACCCUGCAGCUGGCAGCAACUGUCUGGUGGCUGGAUGGGGAAAAACUGAAAAGAAGAAUAGGUCGGAUGUCUUGUUGUCUGUCAAUGUGACUGUGAUUGACAGAAAGAAGUGCAACUCUCGUGGUUAUUACAACCGCAACCCUGUUAUUACUAGUGACAUGAUAUGUGCUGGUUCAAAUGGAAACGCUAAGGCUAGUACAUGUAAUGGGGAUUCAGGAGGGCCACUGCUGUGCAAUAAAGAGCUGGUUGGAGUCACUUCUUUUGGACCUGUAGUGUGUGGCGAGAUAAAUGAGCCUGCAGUCUUCUCAUUUCUCUCCAAAAAACAACUCAAGUGGAUCAAAAAAACAACUAAGUCAUCUGAAUUUUAAGGAAUCCACAGGAAUCAGUCCACAUAAUUUAAUGAACACGAGCAUCUUUGUAAUCUUUCUUGUUAAAUCUGUUACUGCUGUUCCUAUAGACCACUGACUUGAGCAUUAUUAAUAUUAUCAUUUCAUUCUUUUACAUUUUUAUUUUUGAUCUCUGCACAUAUAUGACAGAUCCUUAUUAUUGUUAGUCCUUAUCAUUGCACAAACUUUUCCUUUUCUUUGUUUUUCAAUCCCCAAGUAACCCCAAGAAUAUGAGUACUCCUGUUUGCUGCAUUUGAAGGCUACC